AUGGAGUCCGUGGUCGAGGAGGCCUUCGAGGUGCAGGUGCUGCAGCCCUUCCACGGCUGGACGCUCGAGCGCUUCUGCGACCGCAGCGGCAACACGUACCACGCGCUGACGCGCGCGGUACUGCGCGUGACCGGGCGCGACGACCGCCUCAAUGGCGUCGCGGAGGCGCCCGAGCUCGAGGUGGGCGUGCUGCGCUCGCCCGAGUGGAUGUGGAGCCACGCGUGGAUGCCCGACAGCGAGUACACGCAGUGCGACGAGGAAGGGUGGACCUACGGCUCGUCCAUCGAGCGCAUCAACUGCCGCCUGGCCGAGGGCACGAGCAAGGUCAAGCGCGGCUACUACCACUUCCUGCGGCGCCGUCGCUGGAUCCGCACGCGCGUGCGCACGCCGCUCUCGACCGCGCACGCAGCAGAGGAGGAGACGAGGGCCGGCUCGCCCAGCUACAACGACGACCACAACGUGCGCGAGUCCAGGCUGUCCGAGAGCCCGGGACCCAACAGAUACUACCGCGUCUAUCGAGACGCGCUCAAGGCGUACUUCCAGCUCGGAUCCGCGAAGAAGCCCUCGAACUUCGUGCGCGUGGACUUUACCGACGACGAUAUCCAGAAGGAGGGAUGGCUCGGGGUGCGCGGCACGCUGUCGCGCAGCUGGAAGCUGCGAUACUUUUUGCUCCGAUGGGACUCCAGCAGCCUCGUGUGCUUGAGAGACCGAGCGUCCAUGGUGCAGGUGUGCGAGGAGCUCAUUGACAGGCAUACGACGCUGCUCGUGGAGGAAUCGUCCAAGCCUCGACAGUUCCAGUUCUCGAUCUGUAACGGAGAGCGGACGCUGAGGUUGAAUGCGGUGGAUGGCACGUCGCGCGCGUCGUGGAUCUCGGCUCUCAGCGAGCUGAUCGUGCGCAGUCGGGCCUCGUUUUUUGCAGCGGACGAGUCAGAAAGUGGAUCGAGCACCAGGAGCCGCAGUUUCCGGCGAAUGCGCUCGUCGACGGAGGAGGACGGCUCGCUCGUGAGCGCCUCCAUGGUCAACGAGAUGAACGGCGAAAUCAAUGGAGCCAAGAACAAGCAGGGCCGCGGAGCGUGGAGACCGUACAAGUUCAUUUCGUCCACGAUGCAGUCCAAGCGCAAAACGGACGAAGCCUGUCGUCGAGACUACGUGAAACAGUUCACUGAGGUGCUGGACUCGAAGAUCGAAUUGGCCUCGGCGUAUAUAUCGGAGAAUAUCGACAUCUUGGAGGAAAAUCUGUGCACUGCGCAGGAGUUUCUACCGUCGACAGUGCCCUCCGUGCCCAAGAAAGAAAUCGAACGGCUUCGAACGGAGGCGUCUGCAUCGAUUCAGGCGUUUCGCGUAGGCGCGGAGGCAACUUUGGGUUCGGAUCGCACCAGCGUCCUCGGGUGCAACAUGCUGCUGAAGGAGCUGUAUUUGCUGGUGCGUCGACUGCAGGAAAAUGUGAUUUUGUUGGCACCGUCUCAGGAACACGCGACCAUCAAGAAAAUUGUUGCCGAUUCCCCCACUAAGCGUCGAAUCCCCCUCGACUGGUUUACGGAAGGUCCGCCUAUGGAGAAGGAGCAACAGCAACCCAGUCUAAGCGAAGACAGUGCUCUCUCUACAAGCACGUCAAACUCCACCGUGGGGAAACUGGAAUUAUCGUACACGUCGGGAUCUUCCCUGGAGAUGAAGAGAAACUCUCUGAUUGUGGCAAGGCACGACAAGCGAAGUUUAUCCGUACCGGAGUCGAACCGCUCAAGCAGCACUCCUGUCAGUCACUAUGGCCACAGCUUGCACGCAUCCGAAGGUAUUCGGAUAAAGCCGUACACGAAUAUUCCGACAGGACUGCGUGAGGGCCACUUCGACCUCCCCGACGGUAUCAACGGCUACGUGGUGAAAGUCCACGACAAAGACAUCGGGUCGUUGAUCGGAUAUACUCUUUGCUCUACUGCGUAUAUUGAUCAGCUGGAGGCGCAUUUCGAGAAAAAGGUGAACAUUGCAGAAGAGCUCCACGCAUCGGAAAACGCAGGUAUCAGUGAAGUAUCUGCGCCGUCACCACCCAAGACCGAAGAAGUCCCUGAAAUUGCCCCGGCAGCGGGAGGGGAUGUUUCACCCAGCUCUAGCGCCUCGACAGCUGCGACCUCGAUGACGGUGGUUGACAAGAAGAAGGCGAUUUAUUUAAAUAAGCUGCGCUCGACGGAUCUGCAACACACGUCGAUGAAGUUUUCCUAUGCAGUUGGCUCCACGAACCACGAGUUCCGCUGCGUGGCAUACUUCGCUGCACAAUUCCACGCGUUGCGCGCACUUACAGUCCCGGGCAAUGUGGAGUUCCUGAACUCUAUUAUCGAGAGCAAGCGGUGGGAUACGACUGGAGGUAAAUCGGGCGCGUUCUUUUCGAUGACUCAUGAUAAGCGCUACGUGCUGAAGGGCAUAUCAGUGACCGAGUUCAACAUGUUUGUUCACAUGGCUCCGAAAUACUUCAAGUUUAUUUCGCGAGUGGUGGAGCUACCGACGCCGACAGUCAUCACGAAAAUUGUGGGACUGUUCAAGCUCAACCACAGUCGGCGCCUGCUGAAGCACACGGAAUACGUUGUGAUCAUGGAGAAUUUUUCGUACGGGUACCCCCCGGGCCAAAUGUACGACCUGAAGGGCAUUCUGCGACGGCGGUACAACACUUCCAGCAGCGGCGACGAGGACCACCACGAUGCCUUCAACAGCGUAUCGAAUGUGCAAGUCUCCAUGAAUUUGCCGGUAUUGCUCGAUGGCAACUUCUCGGAGCGUAUGCCUGUACCGGUCUCACGCCCAGACUUGGACGUAAUCGAAGCAGCUAUUCAGAACGAUACUGGUUUCUUGUAUCGUGCAGGUGUGAUCGACUACUCACUGUUGCUUCGCUUCGAUGAGGAAAAGCGACAAGUGGUUGUGGGGCUUAUCGACUACCUGCAUCAAUUCGACUUUUUGAAGAAGAUGGAGUCGACAUCGAAGGCGAGCUUGACCUUCCGCAACCCGACGGUCAUUAGCCCCAUUUCGUACCGCCGGCGCUUCAUGAACGCGAUGAACCGCUACUUCGUCGGCAUCGAGAAGGAGAUGGAGAUGCGCAUGCGCAAGCGUUGCGGCUUCAAGCCAGGUUUGCAUCCGAGUGCAGCACUGCCUUCUGUGCCCAGCACGCGGGCUUCAACUGCAACCGCCUCCCGAACGGACGAGGAAAGGCAUGCGGACGUGGCAGCGCGGCUUGCCGACAACAUGUCCCUCACGAGCGAGUCUUCGUUGUCCGUGCGCGCCCCGGCCAAAUCGGAACUCCACUUGCCCAAGCUUGAUAGCGACUGGAGCAGCACGAAGCCACGCGGACACUCGUUGUCGCACUUGUCGGACCACGAGGUUCGCUGCGACCGCGUCACGCACAGCGAGGGCGAGUGCAACAGCUCCCCUUGCAGCUCGUCGAGCGAAUCGGCCAAGAGCUACCCGGCCACGCCACUCAACAACAACGUGAUUUUGGAAGAGCACGGCUCAUGA